AUGGCGAGCUCCGUUGGAAACGUGGCUGAUAGCACAGAACCGACAAAACGUAUGCUUUCCUUCCAAGGGUUGGCCGAGCUGGCGCACAGGGAGUACCAGUCGGGUGACUUUGAGGCGGCUGAGCGCCAUUGCAUGCAGCUGUGGAGGCAGGAGCCUGACAACACUGGGGUUUUGCUUCUGCUCUCCUCCAUCCACUUCCAAUGCCGCCGGCUUGACAGGUCGGCUCACUUCAGCACUUUGGCCAUCAAGCAGAACCCCAUGCUGGCGGAGGCCUAUUCCAACCUGGGCAACGUCUACAAGGAGCGCGGACAGCUGCAGGAGGCCAUCGAGCACUACCGGCACGCGCUGCGGCUGAAGCCCGACUUCAUCGACGGAUACAUCAACCUGGCGGCUGCACUGGUGGCUGCUGGGGACAUGGAAGGGGCUGUGCAGGCCUACGUUUCCGCUCUGCAGUACAACCCGGAUCUCUACUGUGUCCGGAGCGACUUGGGGAAUUUGCUGAAGGCGCUUGGGCGCCUGGAAGAGGCUAAGGCCUGUUACCUGAAGGCAAUUGAGACUCAGCCAAACUUUGCGGUGGCUUGGAGCAACCUGGGCUGUGUGUUCAAUGCCCAGGGAGAGAUCUGGCUGGCCAUUCAUCACUUUGAGAAGGCUGUGACUCUGGAUCCUAAUUUUCUGGAUGCCUAUAUCAAUUUGGGAAAUGUCCUCAAAGAAGCAAGAAUCUUUGACAGGGCUGUUGCGGGAUACCUCCGUGCCCUCAGCCUGAGCCCUAACCAUGCCGUGGUCCAUGGUAACCUGGCCUGUGUGUACUAUGAGCAGGGCCUGAUUGACCUGGCCAUCGAUACCUAUAGGCGUGCCAUUGAGCUACAGCCUCAUUUCCCUGAUGCCUAUUGCAACCUGGCCAAUGCCCUCAAAGAGAAGGGCAAUGUUUCAGAGGCGGAGGAGUGCUAUAACACAGCGCUACGCCUGUGUCCCACACACGCGGACUCCCUCAACAAUCUGGCCAACAUCAAGCGAGAGCAGGGCAAUAUUGAGGAAGCCAUCCAGCUCUACAGGAAAGCACUUGAGGUUUUCCCUGAGUUUGCCGCGGCCCACUCCAACCUGGCCAGCGUCCUGCAGCAGCAGGGAAAGCUCCAGGAAGCCCUCAUGCACUAUAAGGAGGCCAUCAGGAUCAGCCCGACCUUCGCCGACGCCUACUCCAACAUGGGUAACACGCUGAAGGAGAUGCAGGAUGUGCAGGGGGCGCUCCAGUGUUACACCCGCGCCAUUCAGAUCAACCCAGCCUUUGCUGAUGCCCAUAGCAACCUGGCCUCCAUUCACAAGGAUUCCGGAAAUAUUCCUGAGGCCAUUGCGUCUUACCGCACUGCUCUGAAACUGAAGCCCGAUUUUCCGGAUGCCUAUUGUAACCUGGCACACUGCCUACAGAUUGUGUGUGACUGGACUGAUUAUGAUGAGCGCAUGAAGAAACUGGUGAGCAUCGUGGCUGACCAGCUGGAGAAGAACAGACUGCCCUCGGUGCACCCCCACCACAGCAUGCUGUACCCCCUGUCCCACGGCUUCCGCAAAGCCAUUGCCGAGAGACACGGCAAUCUCUGCCUGGACAAGAUCAAUGCCUUACACAAGCCUCCCUACGAGCACGCCAAGGACCUAAAGGCCAGCGGGGGGCGUCUGCGCGUGGGCUACGUCAGCUCUGAUUUCGGGAACCACCCGACCUCACACCUCAUGCAGUCUAUCCCCGGCAUGCACAACUCUGAGAAGUUUGAGGUUUUCUGUUACGCCCUUAGCCCUGAUGACAGCACCAAUUUCCGUGUGAAGGUGAUGGCAGAGGCCCACCAUUUUGUAGACUUGUCCCAAAUUCCCUGCAAUGGGAAGGCUGCAGAUAGGAUCCACCAGGACGGCGUGCACAUCCUGAUCAACAUGAAUGGCUAUACCAAGGGGGCACGCAAUGAACUGUUUGCCCUGCGGCCAGCACCUAUUCAGGCCAUGUGGCUGGGCUACCCUGGAACGAGUGGGGCUCCCUUUAUGGAUUACAUCGCUUCUGACCUGGAGACCUCCCCCAUCGAGCUGGCAGAGCAGUACUCUGAGAAACUGGCCUACAUGCCACACACCUUCUUUAUUGGCGAUCAUGCCAACAUGUUCCCACACCUCAAGAAAAAGGCAGUGAUUGACUUCAAGUCAAAUGGACACAUCUUCGACAAUCGCAUCGUGCUGAACGGCAUCGAUUUGAAGGCCUUUUUGGACAGCCUGCCGGACGUGAAGGCUGUGAAGAUGAAGUGCGACAGCCAAGAGACCACUGAUGGCAAUGGCGCCCUCUCCAUGCCUGUCAUCCCCAUGAACACGGCCGCUGAGGCCAUCAUCAACAUGAUCAACCAGGGCCAGAUCCAGGUCACCAUCAACAGCUUCACUGUCAGCAAUGGGCUGGCCACCACCCAGAUCAACAAUAAGGCUGCCACUGGAGAGGAGGUCCCACGCACAAUCGUGGUCACGACGCGCUCCCAGUAUGGACUCCCGGAGGACUCCAUUGUAUACUGCAACUUCAACCAACUGUACAAGAUUGACCCUCCCACUCUACAGAUGUGGGUCAACAUCCUGAAGCGGGUGCCUAACAGUGUGCUGUGGCUGCUGCGCUUCCCGGCCGUGGGCGAGCCCAACAUCCAGCAGUGUGCCCAGAGCAUGGGCCUUCCCAUUUCACGCAUCAUCUUCUCGCCCGUGGCCCCCAAGGAGGAGCACGUCCGACGUGGCCAGCUAGCCGACGUCUGCCUGGACACGCCGCUCUGCAAUGGGCACACCACUGGCAUGGAUGUGCUCUGGGCCGGCACACCCAUGGUCACCAUGCCAGGUGAAACCUUAGCCUCUCGAGUGGCUGCCUCCCAGCUUACCUGUCUUGGCUGUCCUGAGCUCAUCGCAAUGAGUCGUCAGGAUUAUGAAGAUGUGGCGGUCAAGCUGGGAACUGACAUGGAAUACCUGAAGAUGGUUCGCGCUCGGGUCUGGAAGCAGCGCAUAUGCAGCCCACUGUUCAAUACCAAGCAGUACACCAUAGACCUGGAGAAGCUCUACGUGCAGAUGUGGGAGCAUUACUCUGCAGGGGCCAAGCCUGAGCAUCUUGUUAAUCUCCAGCCCCUGGAAAGCAGUGAAAGCGCCUGAGCUCAGCACCCCUAGUCCAGCUCUGAUCCCAGCCACCAUCACCACGCCCUUCCUAGGCACAUGGACUCUGUUGUGGAGCCUGCCAGGUUAAUCCCCUCAGAGCAGUCAAAAAACAUUGUGGUUCUUUCUCAAAUCCAAGAGGUGUGGAGAAGGGGGGGGUCUUGGCUGAGCUGUUUGUCUGGAACUUGUACCUACACACAACCUCACACAUGCACGCUUGCAUACAUACACACAUGCUCGCGCGCGCACACACACACACCGCCAAGCACAUAUUACAGGUCAUUGUGGUAUUUCCUCCCACAAUUUUUUCAAACUCCACUUAACUCUCCCCAAAUAGGUACACCAAAUCAAUUGCAGUUGGAGAUCCCUUUCAGCAAAUUCUGAGUUCUGUCUAGAGUAACAAUAAUGGGUUGGGGGGGGGGAGUUAAUUGAUGUGUAUGAGAGUAAAUUCAGCUUUGACUUGGAUAUGAAACUUGCUUUAGUCUAAACCUGCUCUUUUCUGUGGUCCUGGCUACAAGACAUCUUUUUGCACCCCCCCUCCCCAUACCAAAAGCCAACUUUUAGAUUUGUCAUCUUUUUUUCCCCCCAUUGUACAAUGUCUUGAAGACCAAGCAAUGGAAAAUUGAAACUGGAAAGAACAGAAGCUUGACACUUGUUCAUUAAAAGGGCCUUGCAUAGAUUUACUGUCCACUCACGUAAAGAAAUUACUGCUCUUACAAUUAGUGGCCCAGGUAAGUAUUUUAUCUUGGUUUUGUACUCUGCUUCCCUCCCUCCUUUUUAGAUUUUAUUUAUACUUGAAUGUGCUGUACUCCUACCUUCCGACACACUUAAGGUUUUGAAUAAAGCGGUUGAAUUAAAUUUCACAGAAUAUAACUGAACCCAGGUCUUACACUUUAAUGAUGUGAUGACUGUAAUAUGUGUUCAGUGUUGCUUUGCAGUAAAUAUUGUUUUGGAGUAGAAGCCUUUGAAGGUCCGUAUUUGAAUUAAAUGCCAUAUGUUGGCUUUGAGCUUGGUCCUCUCCAUCCAGGGUCUUAAGAGUAUGAUUGAAUUAUAGUUCCAGCCGAGAUUUCGUACAGAAGGUAUUCCUUGGAAGAAAAAAAUGUCAUGAAGGUUUAGCUUUGCUUCAGCUAGCCAGUUGCUAUCUUCUGUUGAGUGUGUAUUGACAUACCUUUCGUCUUUUGAAACAAACCAUUCAGUAUUUGUUUCAAUAGCAAUAUCCUUUAAGUCUGCUUAUCCCAGUGUUCCUUGACAGCAGUCUUAUCAGUGUGUUGAUAUCCCUUUAAGUCUCAUCAAGAAUGUCACCCUAUUGCUCUCCGAAGCUUGAAUGUUCUUGCCUGAGCAUGUAUCUCCUCUGCUCCUGGUUGGUGUUGGGUGUCUUAAUCAGCUUUGUCCGGGUCACGUUCUCAAUUAAGAUAUCAAUAAAUUUGUCAGUGUGAAA